AUGAAUCCCUCUUCUGGAAGUGGUGGUCCUAAACUAUUCGAUAAUAGUAACGGCGGCAUCACGAACAUCAACUAUUUGGCGCUGGAGAAGCGUUUGCGAACACAGGAAGCCCGAUUGGUCAAACUUGAAGAACGUCAGUCUGAACAACUGCGAUGGAUACUGGAACUUCAGCAGCUACAAGCAGAGCUAUCAGCUUUGGUUAUGUUUCAAAACGAUCCUGAGCUCGGGACGAGGUACAAGAAGGCAGAGCUUCAGUUUCGAGAUAUGUUCAAUAAUCUGGUGCAAUAUGCUUUGCAACCUCAAUCAUCGUCACCUCUCGCUCAACCCGCGCCCUCAAAUGCUGUCGGCACUUCUUCCGCCCUGCAGCACACCACGCAACAACAACAACCGAAAACCUCUCCUGUACUCGCUGCUGCAACUCUACCUGGCGCUGCCAUUGCUACAGCGAAUUCAUCAACAAGCGACCAACGGCGUCCGCUGUUCUCAACUCACAGAGACGGACCAUUGCCAACGCCAAGCUCGAGCGGGGGUCAGAGUUCAAAUAUUACAUUCUUGCUGUCGGAUAAUGACUCGGUGGAUUCUGGAUUCAAUAAUACAUGGAGUCUUUCGGGACCGUCGGACGUGAACAGGGGCCGGGAGCCGGAGAAACACACGCAGAGAGGUGGAAUGCAAGGCGGCAGACAGGAGACGGAGAAUAACGAGUCGGGGAGACAUCGAGAGACGGAGCGGUCAAGGGUGAACGACAGGACUAGGGAGAACACGAGAUCAAACGAAACACGCAGGGACUAUGCUGGUCUCCCGAACGCGAAACGUUUACCGCCAAAGCCUUUCAAUCAGUAUGAUAACUCGCCGAAGGGGAAGAAGCGUGUACGGGGUCCCACACAUGGAUUUUCUGAGGACGAAGAAGAUGAGGAAGAGGAGGAAACAAUAUCUGAGCAACGAGCGCGGGGCGGCGCGAGAAGGACCGAGAAGCGCGCACGGCGAUCUGCCCCCGAAGAUGACGAGGAGAGCGAGCAAGAGCGCGGCCGGCCAUUGAAGGCAAGAGACAAAAAAAGACGACGGACGCGUUCCAUUGCGAGAUCUACAAGUCGGAGGCGCCCCCACUUCGAAUCUGAUAUGGACUCGGACGGCGAGACUGCGGAGGACGAGAGCAGUGAAGGAGAAGACCGGGACGAAGAGGAUGAAGGAGUGGGAAAAAACGCCCCCAAACAGAAACAAACGGAGAAACGAACCGAGAGAAACUCGAAAGGCCGCAAGAAGAAGACCAUCAAACCCAUCUCCGAUCUUUUGACACGCAAUCGUAAAGGACACUUCAUCAACCGAGACCGGGCGGCGCACAACGAGAAACGGAGGUUGCAGAUGAGGAGACAAAGAGAGGCAGAGCUGGAGCAGAGGGAGAAUACUGCGAAAGCAAAGCAACAAAACCAAAAGGAUGAGAAUACCUCGUUGAACACGCGGAGAAAAUCAGAGAAGGGUCGGGACGAAGCGCAUACACAAAGUGGGAGCGAUGAGGAGGAGGAUCAGGUAGAGCAAGAAGUCGUUGACGAAAUGGAAAGUGAACAACAGGACGAGUCGGAACUAACCGAACCGGAACUAACGGAACAUGAGGGUGCAGGGGAAAGGAAGUCAAAUGGGACCGAUUGGGAGCAGUUUCCUAGGAGGUCGCCACGGAAGAAAUAUGACGUGAGUUACACCAACAUAAAUCCAACCAAAUGGGACUCGGCACACGCCAAGUUCGUCACGCAGCGUGAGGCCGAAUUGUUGGCUGGGAUGGAUGAUGACGACCCCGAGGCGAAGUUCCUCCGAGACAAGCUCCAGCUCGCGGCAUUUUUGUCUAAUCCCCCAUUGAUGCUCAAUCACAAUAUUAGCUGGGAUACAUUUGCUGAGAAGAAUACUGCAAGGGGUAAACGCGCCUGGCAGAACGUGUAUUAUGCAAAUCGAAAGUUUAUUGAUGCGGAAGUGAAGAGGAUAAAAGCCAAUGCAGUUUCCAUAACCGAUCCCAGUGAACCUGCCGACGUGCGUUCAAUCUGAUUAGGUUCCUGUUGUUAUUUGUCAUGUGUUCCAUGUAACGACGAGUGAUCUGCUGUACGGUGACUCCCGAAGGAAUGUUCAUUGCC